CUCUCGAGAAAGAGAGAUUAAUCUCUCUCGAGAAAGCUCGGCUCGGGAGAGGGUUUUCGCUCUUUCCCCUCCCCUCGCCGAGCCGCGCUGGGCAUCCUCUCGCGUUCUCGAGGUCGCGUCGCGUUCCCGCGGAAUUUCGAGUGUCGCGACCUUGGUGGUGGAAAAUUCAAGGCCAAUGGCGGAAGCAACCUCGACAAUAGGGACGCGGUCGCGGCCGCGCAGUCGCGCGGCGAGAUGGAACGUUAUUAUGCGGGACGAGCAUGGAUCCGCUUUUCGACUUUCCGCUUCCCGGCCACCCCUCUCGAUUCGAUCUCGUUUAAUAAUCGAGAUGGAACGAGCGCCUACGGUUCUACGUAGGAGGCGAGACGAGUAGUGGAGGGAGUGUUGGAAAACACGUGCGACGUAGCUGCUUCCCGCGGUGAAAAAUUUAACGGUUGAUGUUUGUUGGAGCAAAGUUAGUUCGAGACGUAACGAUAAUCGCGAGCAAAGGGGGAGGUUGUACGAAAAAACGUAACGAUAAAUGUUAUUAUCCCAGCAUUCUCGAUAACCUUAUUCAAAGUGAAGAAUCUUGCGAAGAAAUUUUCAACUUGUUCUCGAUACGGGUUAACGGCCAAACUCUGCCUUCCUCCCGUCCCGACUGCGGCAUCGGACGCGGCCGUGGCUGGUCCCCUUUAAGGUGGCGCUUUUCGUGCUUGAAUUUUUUCCACGACCCGCUUCGAACCAUCGCCGCGUUUUUUGCGCAAAGCGGUGACGAAGUAAAACGAGUAUUCCUCAACGAGUUCUCGUUCACCUUCCAAGCGGAGGAAAGAGACGACUCAACUUCGAUCGAGUAUCGUUAUCUUUGGCGUUGCGCAAACUUCGUGGUCAAUUUUCCACGAAGGUACGGAGGAAAACCUCCGCGAAUUUCCUCGUACGCCGAACGUCCUUCUCAUCGGUCAUCCGUAUAUUUUCCUCGUUUCGUCUAACGCAUUUUUAAUCAAAUUUCGAGAUCCAAGAGCGAAGAAGAAAUACGGCUGUCGGGGAAUGAUUUGAAAAAGAUUGCAACACAAUAUUCUUGCUACAGGCCAACGCGUUUUCCCCCCCCUCCGCACACGUUCCCGGAACGAUAUAUCUCCAUCGAUUCGAGGAAAACUCGAUCCGAAAUCACGAGAUAUCCAACAUUUUCCAUUCGUCAUUUAACCCGGUUGUCCGUUUGUUAUUCUUCGACCAAUUAUACGCGAAUCGAUUUAUAAUUGGCCAAGCUGGUUUUAUCAACGCCUUAUCGUAACCUGAAAAAUAUAUAUCUUAUAUUUAUUAAUCGGAUCUUCGAAUCGACGUAUCCAAGUUUUUCUCCCCCCUCGAGAUAUUCGUCCCGAAAUUCGAAAUUCCGAAAAACGUCGGAGAAACGAAACGUUCGUAACAAAGUUUUCUAAUCAAUAGCAAAUAAUUAAUUGUACAAGCGAGCGUAAUUCUAAUCACCGUUCAGCCCGAUCGGAUGUUUACGACCGAGAACGAGGAAACCCAGCCGCAUGUAAACCCCGAGAGCCGGCGUUAUCUCGAGCGUAUAAAAGAGAGACUCUUUCGACAGGUGGCUUCAGUGAUUCGUACUCGCGCGAGGCCGAUCGGUGCCGUCAUUCUCAUUCUCGCUUCCAACGUCGCGAAUCGUGCGUGCACCACCACCACCACCACCACCACCCUCCAAACGUCUUUCGCCCUCCACCCCUUCUGGAACAAAUCUUCGAUUCUUCGAUUCUUUGGAUCACGAUUCGCGAUACGUGCACGUACGUGGGACGCGCGUGUGCAUUUUCAACCCGCAUAGUGAAGCCUAGUGAAGUUGCGAGGGACACUUAUGAAGGGGUCCGUCAACGCACCGAGGCCUAUCGUUGAUCAGAACAGAUACAUUUGGGAUAACGAUUGGAAGCAGUAGAGCUUGGACAAGAGUUGUUAAUUAAGAAUGCGCAAUGACACGGCGAAUUUGUCAGUGGACAGCAAACCCGCGCGAGAAGGCGCAGGGUAUGGAAAUGGAACCCCAAAAAACAAACUCUCACCGCCAGGAAAAAAUAUUCUUGAAGUUGAAUUUGUGCCACCACAAACGAAGGAGGAGGAGAAGUCGCCUUCGGAGCCAACCCUACCGCCAGUGCCUUACUUCAAACUCUUUCGAUUUGCAACAUGCGGGGAGUUGAUGCUGAUCUUCGGCGGCCUGAUCAUGGGAACUCUGACGGGUCUGUGCAUCCCCAUCUCGACGAUACAAUACGGCGAGUUCACCACGUUGCUGGUGGAUCGAAACAUGAAGAAUCAGACGAGCACGCCGACUCUCAUAAUGAAGUGGUUCGGCGGAGGAAAGGUCUUGGGAUCUAAUUCGACGUACAAGGAAAGGAUGGAGGCGCUUUACGAUGAUUCGGUCGCGUUCGGCGUUUCCUCCGCAGCGUUGUCCACGUUCCAAUUCGUGUUUGCCGUGUUCACGGUCGAUUUGUUGAACAUAGCGGCAUCCAGACAGAUCGUUCGGGUGCGCAAGAUGUUCCUGCGCUCUGUUCUUAGGCAGGACAUGACGUGGUACGACAUCAACACGUCGACCAACUUCGCCAGCAGGAUCACCGAAGAUUUGGACAAGAUGAAGGACGGGAUAGGAGAGAAGCUGGGCGUGUUCACUUACCUGAUGGUCUCCUUCAUUUCCUCCAUCAUCAUAUCGUUCGUCUACGGUUGGAAGUUGACCCUGGUCGUGCUUAGCUGCGCGCCGAUCAUCGUGAUCGCGACCGCCGUGGUGGCCAAAGUUCAGAGCUCCUUAACGGCCCAGGAAUUGAACGCGUACGGGCAGGCGGGGAACGUGGCCGAGGAGGUGUUGGGCGCCAUCAGGACCGUGAUCGCGUUCAACGGCGAGCAGAAGGAAGUGAACAGAUACGCGGACAAGUUGAUCCCCGCGGAAAAGACCGGGAUCAAGCGCGGUAUGUGGUCGGGCGUUGGUGGCGGAGUUAUGUGGUUCAUCAUAUACAUCAGUUACGCCAUCGCGUUUUGGUACGGCGUCCAAUUGAUCCUGGAGGACAGGCCGAAGGAGGUGAAGGAGUACACGCCCGCGGUGCUGGUGAUCGUGUUCUUCGGCGUGUUGGCCGGCGCCCAGAACAUGGGCCUCACGUCCCCCCAUCUCGAGGCUUUCGCCGUGGCGCGGGGCUCGGCCGCGGCCAUUUUCCAAGUGCUCGAUCGCGUGCCCACGAUCGACAGUUUGAGCAAGGAGGGGCAGAAGCUUCCGACCGUGACCGGCGAGAUCGAGUUCAAGAACGUGCACUUCCAGUAUCCGGCUAGAAAAGACGUGAAGGUGUUGCAAGGAUUGAAUCUGACCAUCAAUCGGGGCGAGACCGUGGCCCUCGUCGGAGGAUCAGGCUGCGGCAAGUCUACCUGCCUCCAAUUGAUCCAACGACUCUACGAUCCUCACAAGGGACAGGUUCUGCUGGACGGCGUGGACGUGUCGAAGCUGAACGUGCAGUGGCUACGCUCGCACAUAGGCGUGGUCGGGCAGGAGCCGGUGCUCUUCGACACGACGAUACGGGAGAAUAUCCGGUACGGAAAUGACAGCAUUACCGAGGAGGAGAUGAUCAAAGCGGCGAAGGAAGCGAACGCCCACGACUUCAUCAGCAAACUGCCCGAGGCGUACGACAGCCCCGUGGGAGAGAGGGGGUCGCAAAUGUCAGGCGGGCAGAAGCAGAGGAUCGCGAUAGCUCGUGCCCUGGUCAGACGACCGGCUAUACUUUUACUGGACGAAGCUACCUCCGCGUUGGAUCUCCACAGCGAAGCCACGGUGCAGAGAGCUUUGGACGCGGCCUCGAAGGGAAGGACGACGAUCGUCGUAACUCACAGACUGUCCACGAUCACCAACGCCGAUAGGAUAGUGUUUAUAAAGGACGGCCAGGUGGUGGAGCAGGGAACCCACGAGGAAUUGCUCGCCCUCGGCAAGCAUUAUUACGGAUUGGUGUCCGCCGACGCGAGCGCCACCGCCAGAGCGAAAGCGACGGCGUCGGCCGCGAAGACGGUCACCGCGGCUAUACCGAAGCAGAAGCCACCGUUGAAGAGACAAUUCUCCACUCUGUCGAUGCACUCCCAUCGAUUGUCGUUGGCCGGCGCAUCCGAGACCUCGGUCAAUCAAUUGGAGGAGCACGAGAAACCGUACGACGCGCCCAUGAUGAGGAUAUUCGGGCUCAAUAAACCGGAAUGGCCGUACAAUAUCAUCGGGUGUCUGGCGGCGGCGAUGGUGGGCGCCUCGUUCCCAGCUUUCGCCGUCCUCUUCGGCGAGGUGUACUACGUGUUGGGCCUUCAAGACGACGAGGAAGUACGCCGCGAAACCGUCAACUUCUCCAUUCUGUUCCUGGUGGUCGGAGUGGUGACAGGCCUCGGCACCUUCCUGCAAAUGUACAUGUUCGGGUUGGCGGGCGUGCGAAUGACCACGAGGAUCAGGAAGAUAACGUUCGCGGCGAUGCUGAAGCAGGAGAUGGGCUGGUACGACGAGGACACGAACAGCGUGGGCGCCCUCUGCGCCAGACUUUCGUCGGACGCGGGGGCCGUGCAGGGCGCGACCGGGACCCGGAUUGGCGCCAUUCUUCAGGCCCUGUCCACCUUGGUCCUGGGGAUCGGCCUGUCCAUGUAUUACACGUGGAAGAUGACCCUGGUCUCGGUGGUUUCGAUACCUCUCGUGUUGGGCGCGGUGUUCUUCGAGGCGAGGGUGAUGAGCGGGCAGGGGUUGCAGGAGAAGAAGAAGAUGGAGGCGGCGACCAGGAUCGCCAUAGAGGCGAUCUCCAACAUCCGUACGGUGGCCAGCCUCGGCAAGGAGGAGGCGUUCCUGCGGCGCUACUGCUCGGAGCUGGAUCACGUGGCACAGGCGAUGAAGAUCAGACAGAGAUUGAGAGGAUUGGUAUUCUCGUGCGGUCAGACCACGCCGUUCUUCGGUUACGCUUUGAGCCUCUACUAUGGCGGCGCUUUGGUGGCCACCGAGGGCUUGAACUAUCAGGACGUGAUCAAAGUGUCGGAGGCGUUGAUCUUCGGCUCUUGGAUGUUGGGCCAGGCGCUCGCCUUCGCGCCCAAUUUCAACACCGCCAAGAUCUCGGCCGGCAGGAUAUUCAAGCUGUUGGACAGAGUUCCGGAGAUCGCCUCGCCGCCGGAUUCCGAGGACAAAGAUCUGGAUUGGAAGGCGGACGGGUUGAUACAAUUCUCCAAGGUCGAGUUCCAUUACCCGACCAGGCCCGAGAUGCAAAUUUUGCAGGGAUUGAAUUUGAUCGUGAAGCCGGGCCAGAUGGUCGCCCUGGUUGGCCAGAGCGGAUGCGGCAAAUCGACCUGCAUCCAAUUGUUGCAACGACUCUACGACCCGAUUUCCGGGACCGUGACGAUAGACAGGCGCGACAUCUCGUCGGUCUCGUUGCGCAAUUUGAGAUCUCAGCUGGGUGUCGUCGGCCAGGAACCGGUCCUCUUCGACCGGACCAUCGCGGAGAACAUCGCCUACGGCGACAAUUUCCGGCUAGUGCCGAUGGACGAGAUUAUAGAGGCCGCCAAGAAGUCCAAUAUCCACAGCUUCGUCAGCUCUCUACCACUAGGAUACGAUACUAGGUUAGGCUCUAAAGGCACGCAGCUGUCAGGAGGACAGAAGCAACGUAUCGCGAUUGCGCGCGCUUUGGUCAGAAACCCACGAGUCCUGCUACUGGACGAGGCCACGUCUGCUCUUGAUACUCAGAGCGAGAAGGUGGUGCAAGCGGCCCUGGACAAAGCGAUGGAAGGCAGGACCUGCAUCACCAUAGCUCAUCGAUUGGCGACGAUAAGAAACGCCGACGUGAUCUGCGUCCUGGAGAAGGGAACCGUCGCGGAGAUGGGCACCCACGACGACUUAAUCGCGGCGGAUGGCCUCUACGCCCAUCUGCACGCCCUCCAAGAGGCCGCGAUGGAGUAGAGGAGGAGAGGGUCGAAGCAAGCAGCGUCGCCCCCCUCCCCCCUCGUCGACGCUCCCUUCUCGGGCCGAUGGUCGAAGAAACGACGCCCGACCACGAAACGCGGUUUCGGCCAGGUCCAGAUCAAGAGAAGCUAGGAUUAACUCUCCGGACAAGCGGAGCGGACGAUAUUUCCCUUCGUCGAUCGAGAGCCCGAGGAGAGGAGUAACUCGUGACGGAGCUUUCGUAUUAUUUUCACACGGACGGAUGGAUUCCUUUAUCAUCCCAAUUUGCUGAUCCCAUCCCCCAAUUUUAUCAUAGACGUUCGUUUCAACGAUAGAGUUUCUCACCAGUUUUAUUUAACCGUGUAUCUUUUCGUUCCUCUCUUUCGUCUCCUCUCCCUCUCUCGCCGAGACGGGGAACUCGAAAGGAGAGAGAGGGGAAAGAGGAGGAGGAGGAGGAUCUUUCGCAACGGACUCGAAUUAUUACUAGAUCUCGUCGAUACCUUCUCCUUCGUUCGUAGCUUGGACUCGAGUUUCUUUCUUCUUUUGCACGGUGCUAUUCUCCGUGCCGGAUGUGAAACGACCGCGCGAUCCAAUCGAUGAGCGACGUCUCGAAAUACCGGAAACUGCCCCGUCGAUCGACGAACAUCCGAAUUAUCGGAUUGACCUCGCGCCUUAUGAUCAUCCCCUGUCUAACCAACGAUCGGUUCUUCGCUUCUUCGUCUCCGUUUUGUUCUUUCUUCUCCCCACGCAACUCGCGGUAAUCGGUGAUCCGAAUCGAUACUAAGAAGAUUCUUCCCGGACGGCACGAUUCAGAUACGACGCGACGGGUCUCGAACGAUUCUUCGUUUUCGAUUGGUCGUCGACGAGGAGAAUACGAAACGACGUGCACAGUGGAUGGCGAAGGAACCGUGAAGGAGAUAUACAGAAGAUAUAUACAGGGAUCGAGGGGAGGCGGGAUUCGGAUAUACGCGUGGAAUUAAGGAGGAAGGAAGCGAGAAAGAUAUUCGCGCCGAUUUAUGGGGAUUGAUCGAACGAUUCGAACAAUGGACGACAGGUGUUUUGAAAAAUGGCACGCCGCGAGCGAUGCCCUCUUCCCCGACGACCAUCUUCCAUCCGUGUCGGACGCAUGAAAAAUGUAUGAACGUAUGUAUCAUCCUCCCUCUCCGAUCACCACCCUCCUUCUCCUUUCUCUCCGCAACACACACACACACACACGCAGAUUUUUAUCCGCUCUCGCGUAGCCGCCUCUAUUACCUUCCCACUAUAUAUAUAUAUAUAUAUAUAUAUAUAUAUACACGAAUCCAUAAAGUGUCGAUUGCGUCUAUCAGGGACGAAAACUUUAAAGCUAUAAUCGGCCACUUUUCGUGCCUUAACGAUAGCGUGUUUCGUGUUCGAUUAAGGAGACGCGAUACAAGGAGGAAGGAGCAGAGAAGGGGAAGAAGGAAUCGCGAUCCUUUCGUUUUCGUGAAUUUUCGUUUAAGGAAAAAAAUUGAAGGCAGGAGGCAGGUGUGUGUGUCUCGUGUUUCCGCAAGUCGAGGAUCUUUAUCCAUCGAAUCCGUUCUCGUUGGAUUUUCGUGGCCACGGAUACAUCUUCUUUACCCAAACUUGUGCCUUCGUACUUCGUAUACUUAGCGAUAAGAUUCCGUCGACCGUUCUCCACCCUUAUCGGACGAUCGUACGUACGACACGCGGAUAAUCCCAAUUUUUCAAGAACGCAAUAUUUCCGAAUAUUUCGACCCUCUUUCCUCUCCUCCACGUUUCUCUAUGAUACAUAUACAUAUAUAUAUAUAUAUAUUUCUUUGGAAGGGGGAGAAGAGGAAAAAAAAGGAAAUUAUUAAAAAAAUCAAGACUCGAAAUUUCUUGUCGUUUCUCGCGUGUUCGUUUUACGAGCAAAAGGUCGACGCAGAGUACUUAAAUUUAACCACGAGAGAGAUGCGAAUCGAACGAAGGCAACUUCGUACAACUUUGUAUAUCGGCGAUCGAAGCAGCGAAUGCUUUAUUAUUAUUACUUAUUAUUAUCACUGCGACAAUACGCUACGUAGCUGCGUAGAGACGCGCCCGAGACGAGGAACGAGCGUUUCGAAAAUGGCGUUCGAAAAUGGCGCGCGGAAUCCCAUUUUCCAUUCAUUCGGUCCGGGAUCCGAGAGGCGUUAUUAUUAUUUUUACUCCGUGUACUUAUUCCGCGGAUGACGGAGCGGAUCGGAAAAUAAAAUAAAAAAAAAAAAUAAAAAAAAAAAAAAAAAAAAAAAAAAAAAGAAAGAAAAGAAAAAGAGAUGGAACAAGUACAAUCAACGACGCAUCGAAUCACGAUCCGACGACGAUCGAUUUUUCAUUUGAUCGUUUCUCCCGAUCAAAAUAGAUUUCGUAUUGGAAACUCCUGGGGUGUCCUUUCUCUUUCGAGUCGGGAUCACGGUGCUCGAUACGUUUGAUAAAUCAUCUUCAGACUUAUUAUAUCGAAUCAAAAUUGAGCUUAGACUUUAUCAGAAUAUAUUAUUAUUAUUUUUUCAGAAUAUAUUAUUAUUAUUAUUAUUAUUAUUAUUAUUACUAUUAUUGUUAUUAUUAUUAUAUUAUUAUUAUAAUUAUUAUUAUUAUUAUUAUAUACUUAUACAUAUAUAAAUAUACAUAUAUACACGUAAGGACACGAUAUCGAGCACUAAAUGGAAGAGAGUGAAUGAGGAAACGUAUAUAGAUGAGUGUGAAGGUGAGAAAGAGAGGGAGAGUUGUAUAUGUAGCGUAUACGGUAAAAGAUAUCGAAAAACUUGUUACUUAAGAUUUAAGGCUGCGGCCAGCGUAACUUAAGAGCAGAGAUCUUAAAAAAAAAAAAAAAAGAAAAAGAAAAAAAAAUUAAAAAAAGAAGCGUGAACAGGCGAUCGCCUGGUUCAAUUGCGUGUGUGAGUCAAAAAACAGAAAAAAAAAAAAAAAAAAAAAAAAAUAAUGGCGAAAGGAAGCAAGCAGCAGCGUGUGUGUCAUUUUAUUUUCUCUCUUUUUUUUUCUUCUUCUUUUUCCAUUUUUUUUGUUCUUUUUUUUUUUCUUUCAUAUAUCGAAAGCGUGGUGUCAUAUUGUAAUUAUACGAGCGAUUACUAGUAUGACGAUAAAGAGGAAGUAUUAAUUUUUUUCU